GGAGCCUUCUUCAGGUGUGUGUUACUUGUUCCUUUGCAUUAUUCAUACUUACCUUCAGUUACUGGCACCUUAAAACACUCUCACUUCGACUGGCUUACAGAAAGAAGAUCUUAAGGAGUGAGCGAUUUUAAUGUAAAUCAUAUAUUGAAUUUAACAACCAUUAUCCCUUUCUGAAAUGCUUCUUUACAGAAACACAACAUUACAUUUCUAGGUUCAAGCCCUUAAGCACAAACACAGCAUUUUUCUAUAAAUGUGCCAAAACCAUGUCAAGAAGCCUGAAACAUAUUUAUGGUAUAUCAGCAUGUUAUCAUAAGCAAAUAGUUUCUUUUUCGAAUGCCAAUGGUAAGCACAGUUUUGUUCUUGCACAGCAAACUCAUUUCAUCUGAUGGGUGGUGCUAAAGUUCUAGUGUUCCAUUUAUCAUUUCAGUUUGUAAAAAGAAACCUAACCUGGGACAUUAUUCACGAGAGAAUCACAAAACCGCAUGACUGCCUUCGAGAAACAGCACUACAAGCACUAGCUCAGAAGGUUACUUUUUAGCAUAGAAAAUGCUCAGACAGCUCCUGAACAUUCGAUUACUUUUCAUUUUCACUCUUUGUGGUCUCAUCACUGUGCUCUGUUACUGGGGACAAACUGCCAAUGACACCCAGAAGCCGAAGAAAGGCGAGUGGUCACAGGAGUCGGAGAGUUUGGAGAAAGCUUGCAAUGCCAUUGUGCGAGGAUCAAAGCAAGAGACAGAAUGCAAUUUCCUGCGACCCCUUCACUUGAAUAUCUCGUGCAAUAAAUACAUCGCCGACAAUCACUUCAUAACCAAAACAUUGUCUUCGGAGGAAGCAGCAUUUCCCUUGGCUUAUAUCUUCACCUUACAUAAAGAGUACGAAACUUUCGAAAGGACAUUCAGGGCUAUUUAUGCCCCUCAGAACGUGUACUGCAUUCACAUUGAUGAGAAAUCUCCUGUGGAAUAUAAGAUGGCUGUUGAAGCUUUGGUAAAUUGUUUUCCCAAUGCUUUUCUUUCCUCUAAAAUGGAGCCCGUUGUUUAUGCUGGAAUAUCCAGGCUCCAGGCUGAUGUCCACUGCUUGAAGGACCUGGUCUCGAUGAAUGGUCCAUGGAAAUAUGUCCUUAACCUCUGUGGACAGGAUUUCCCCUUGAAGACAAACCUUGAGAUUAUCCGACAUUUAAAGACAUAUAAGAACAAAAACCUUACCCCGGGAAUUCUCGACCCAGCCCACACCAAUUACAGGACACAGUCCGUCUUCCGAGAACGCCUUGAUGCUCACGGUUCUGGUGUUAUCAGGACAUCCAAAAUGAAAUCCCCUCCUCCUCACAACCUCACCAUUUAUUUUGGCACUGCCUACUACGCAUUAACACAGGAGUUUGCCCGCUUCGUUGUGGAAGAUAAAAGAGCGACAGAUUUGUUGGAAUGGUCGAAAGACACCUACAGUCCUGAUGAACAUUACUGGGUGACCUUAAACAGACUUCCAGAUGCUCCCAAUUCUAUGCCAAACGCUAAGUGGGAAGGAUGUACAAAAGCCAUUAUGUGGUCAGAUCAACAAGGAAGUGUUUGUCAUGGGCGCUAUCAGCGACAGAUCUGCAUCUAUGGCACUGGAGAUCUGAAGUGGCUGAGUGAACAUGAGUGCAUGUUUGCAAACAAAUUUGAAUUGAACGCUUACCCACCCACCCUGGAAUGUCUGGAGCUGUGGUUGAGAAAGCGUGCCCUUAACCAGAGUGAAAUUGCUGCUCACCCAAACUGGUAUUUCUAAAAUGUUAUGUUACAUGUAAUCAUCUGUGGUGGGUUUUUGUCACAUUACAUGCCUUUAACCUUGAUGAUGGCCAGUUCCGUUUGUCACUUGAAGCUUGCUUGUGCUUCACUAAUGAAGACAGUGAGCAGCAUCUCAGUUCUGCUGUUUAAAGAUGUAGUGUAUGUGCAGGAGGCAUCACAUUCAUUUUCCAAUUGAUCAUUGAGACGGUCAGUUCCUUAGGUAAAAUGGUAUUGUUUGCAAGAGAAUAGGGAUGUGUGAUCACAACAAUCGCAUGAUGCUGUAAUUAAAUACAUCAAAGAAAAAAGAAAUAUUGAAAUCAUUAAUAAGAGUCUGUGCAACUCUUCCCUCCUAUAUACUGACACUUGUGUUGCAUCGUUGUAAACCAUUACUUAGGUGCUAGCCUGCACAUGUGAAGCUCAGGGGAACUGCUGUUGUUAAUUUCUGACUACUAAGAAAUUUAUAUUUUCAUAUAUCCAUGACUUUUAUACUUAGAGGAUAAAUUCAGUGCUGGAUCUAAAACAUAUUAAAUAUAACCAAAGGAUUUACCAAAAUAUGUUGGUGAUGGGUUGCAUGAGAAUAUCUGUUUCCAGGUUAAGUGACCAAAAGCUCAAAUUGGUGAUUGUUGGUGUAGGUUGGAAAAGAAAUCUGCACUUUCUGUGUACAGUUUUCUGUUUUUCUACAUGUCCAUAUAGUGUAGGUGAUUUUAAGGUUACCUCAUCAGACAGAAGGGAGUGUACCAAUCACUGCAAUGUACACUUUCUGAUUGCUGACAUUAAAUAAAUAAAGAUUUUC